AUGUCUCCUGAACCACCUGUUUCUGAGACGACCAGAAAGCCUACGGAGAUCCAUGCUAUUGGUGAGCUCGAUCUGGAUGAGCUACCACCAACAGUACCGGGCCGUAGCCCAAAGCGGCUCACAAACCCAACAUUUCCAGCUCAGACUGAGUCAGCCAUCUCUGCGCAUGGCGAGUUUGCCUUUACAGCUGACGAGCAACAUUCGUCUGGUGACGAGAAUGACAAGCUGGAAGAUAAUUUCCACGUCCCGAAGAAGCGAAUAUCAAAACGCCUCGAUGUAGGACAAGCUGGCCAUGUAGGUUCCUCGCAGGUAGGACGGUUGGCGCCACCAAUUCUUAGUCACGAUGCACUGACAGCAAGCGCUGAUCUGGGCCUGAAUGAUCUCAGUUACUACCUCAAGCACACUGGACCAGGCACGGAUUCUCAGCCUACCAUACAGCAGCGCAAGAAGACGAUGGUACUUUUCAAGGUCAAACAGCGCAAAACCCUAGCUGCUCGCGUAGGAUCUGUGGAAGGCUCUCCUGAGCGAGCACGCAAACAGUCUCCUAUCCCAACGUGCGCUCGCGAGAUGACAACCUCCGGAGGCGCAAAACAUCUCAGAAUCGUCAUACCGACUGAGAGUCCUUGCAACACUCAGGUGAUGGCUGUCCCAACAUCGCAGUUUCCGACACAACGACGCUCUCGACAUAUUUCCAUUACGUUUAACAGAGAGAUUCUCAGCCCUGUCGCCAGCCAAGGUGUGGAGCGCAAAAUGUCCGACCCUGAAAUUCUCAGUCGUUCAUUCUCUGAGCCGGUCCCGGUAUCGCCGCGCAGCUUGAAAGAGCUUCCUAAAUCAGCCGAAGCAGUACCCAUCGAAGACUAUCCGCUCGCAGCAUCACCUAAGCUCGGGCCGCGAAUAAGUCGAGAAUAUCAAACCAGAGCUCGGAAGCUGCGAGACUUGCAGCGUGUUAAGCGAAAGCCGUUACCAGGAUACUACGAGCAAAAAGAACAGCAUUCCGAUGUUGUCGUGGGAGCCUUGCCAACACCAGCGCAUACACCAGAGCCGCUUUCAGAAUCAAAUAUUGAAAUCGACAGUGGCCAUGAUGGAGGCAUAGAGGAUGAGAGUAUAAUUAAUAAGAUGGCGCGAAUGCAGGAGCGGGUCGUGAUAUUGCAGAGACAGAACAUGGAGUUGACAGAGGCGUUGGCGAAGAUUGUAGGCCUCGAACUCGGGGACGGUGAUUUGAGGCCUGAAAAUGUGUUGAAGGCGCUCAGGCAAGUUGAGGUUUUGCAAUGA